AUGGAUAGAAAGGCGGAUUUAGUUGGAAAGCAUAUGGUAAUUAUUUCUUGUGGUAUUUCAGAGUGUAUUUACUGCUUAACUAGUGUCGGUGUUACAAUUAUGACAUCAAGUCAUAAAUCAGCUUUAGGACUUCCUACUAAAUUAGCUCCAUAUCGAUCUGACACAGUUUACCCGGCAAUGAUAGCUACUAUGCUAUCCCAAUAUGAAUAUGUUCUUAUAUGUGAUAAAUCCAACAUCCGAGUGUCUGGAUCACCACAUUUCUGUGUUGGUGUUACAAUUAUAGCAUCAAGUCAUAAAUCAUAUUUAUUUAGCUCUUAG